AUGGGAGAGAACAGCUCUGUGGUGGUGGAGCACACUGCUGCCAUGCCCAACCUGGGAUUGGCACGGUUUCCAGUUCCCCCACCCCUCCAGUUUCGGCUCCAGUGUCUUAAUGGAGAUGAACCCAAUAAAGAUGUGGUGUCACAGCAGGCAGAAGGGAUGGGUGUGGCCCCUAGCUGUACCUCCCACUGCGCCUGCGUCACUCUCCCUGUCUCUGGUCGAGUUCUCAAGCUGUGCAUGUGCAGUGGCGCUAAUGCCUCCGCUUUAGAGAAAGAAAUAGGUCCAGAGCAGUUUCCCGUGAAUGAACAUUAUUUCGGCUUGGUCAAUUUCGGCAACACCUGCUACUGCAACUCCGUCUUACAGGCCCUUUAUUUUUGCCGCCCGUUCCGGGAAAAGGUUCUGGCCUAUAAAGUCCAGCCUCGCAAGAAGGAAAGCCUCCUGACCUGCCUCUCAGACCUUUUCAACAGCAUCGCCACCCAGAAGAAGAAGGUGGGGGUCAUCCCCCCCAAGAAAUUUAUUUCCCGGCUGAGGAAGGAAAACGAACUGUUUGACAAUUACAUGCAGCAGGACGCCCACGAAUUCCUCAACUACCUACUGAACACAAUCGCAGACUUGCUGCAGGAGGAGAAGAAGCAGGAGAAGCAGAACGGCAAGCUUCAGAACGGAAGCCUAGAGAGCGACGAAGGGGAGAAGACGGACCUCACGUGGGUCCACCAGAUCUUCCAGGGCACGCUCACCAAUGAGACCCGGUGCCUGAACUGCGAAGCUGUUAGCAGCAAAGACGAAGACUUUCUGGACUUAUCGGUUGACGUGGAACAAAAUACGUCAAUAACACACUGCUUGAGGGGGUUCAGUAACACCGAGACGCUCUGCAGUGAAUACAAAUACUACUGUGAGCAGUGCCGCAGUAAACAGGAAGCACAGAAGAGGAUGCGUGUGAAAAAGCUCCCCAUGAUCCUGGCUCUCCACUUGAAGAGGUUCAAAUAUAUGGACCAGCUGCACCGAUACACCAAGCUCUCCUACCGCGUCGUCUUUCCCUUGGAGCUUCGACUCUUCAACACAUCUGGGGAUGCCACGAACCCAGACAGAAUGUACGACCUUGUGGCCGUCGUGGUGCACUGUGGCAGUGGCCCAAACCGUGGGCAUUACAUCACCAUCGUCAAGAGCCAUGGUUUCUGGUUGCUGUUUGACGAUGACAUUGUAGAGAAAAUCGACGCCCAGGCUAUUGAGGAGUUUUAUGGGUUGACAUCGGACAUUUCCAAAAAUUCGGAAUCGGGAUACAUCCUCUUCUACCAGUCAAGGGACUAAGAUGAUCCAUGUUGAAACUUCUUUCACAUGUGGCAAGAAAAAAAAAGAAGGGGUCAAGGCCUCACCUGGACAGGAUACCACAGUGCUAAUAAAAUCAGUUUUCCCCUCAGCCAUAGAACCACAGGAGAUCCAGAGGAAAUGUGAUGGGCUGUUUCCUUGAGGAAGUGGGCGGACAGCUGUCGGCGAGGGUGCAUGGCGCUCUGCUUCUGCUUCUUUCUCUGGCCUACUCUCUAUGCGCUGACCUCCGGAAUCUGUUACCUCUACUUGAAAACCGGCUGCUUAAUUCUUCACAAGCCCAAAGAAAAGGUUUGAGAAGGUAGCCCUGUUGAUUCUGUUCUCCGUUCGGCGAAGGCUUGAGACGUUUUCCUUGGUUUCUGGUUUUUUGUCACUUUUCUGGAUUCUAGCAAAACGAUUUCAGCCUUUGCUGUCGGCUUGAGGCCUGUUUCUAGGAUACGAGCAGGAGAAAAAUGAGCUGGCUGGUUUUGGUGGCCGAGGACAUCGGAAUCGCCAUCGGGAUAAUUUGUAUUGGAAGCAUCACAUUUUGAAUUUUAUGUACAGAAAAAAAAGGCAGAAAGUUGGUGUUUCAAGACCAUCUUGAAUUUCCUCAAAGAUGUCAUCUUGGUUUCAGAUAACACUAUUUAUUCUACUUUUUUUUCACUUUGUCUGUCUCUCCCAGACCACCUUAAAGGUAAUUUUAUAUGCUUUGUAACCUGUUUGACUUGUUUUUUGUUUGUUUGGUUGGUUGAUUAGAUGUUUGACUCAGAACUGCAAGAUUGGCAAAUUCAGGGGAGCAAAAAAAGAGAGGUGGAAGUCUUUAGGAUCAUGUCUAAUGUGAAAGUUACUGUAUUUCUUGGAGCUAUUAUAGAAGCCAAAAGUGCCCUCUACUGAAACAGGAUCUGUUCAGUGUUUCUUUCAUGGUAUAAUGAAUUCUGCGUAGACACAACACGUGGAAGAGCAUGGAUUGGCGUGUGGAAAAUAUGCAUAUUAACCAGCAGGUUCUCUGAUACCGUCGCCAUUACCAUGAGAGGAAUGGGUGUGAAGAGGGAAACCAUUCAAACGGGCCUGCCUCUCUGCCUUUUGAGCCGUUCCUCUUCAUCUGUUCACCUUUUGCCCUCGCAAAACUGUGGCUCAGUCGUGGUUGUGCUGCCACGGCCGCUUCGGCUGCAGGAGAGCAAAAUCGGGCGGUCUAGUGGAGACACAAUUUUUGUUCCUAUUUCCUUAACCAGUCUCAUAGGUGGAAACUCCAAGGAUUAAUGGGAAGACUCAGCAAGCCUUAUAUAACUGCACUGAAAAUCGCCCCUUGCCGGGUGCCAGCCGCUCAAAGCAUCCUGCUGGUCUCGUGACUCCGUUUGGGACGAAGGCCCGCUUUGGGAGCAGCUGCUUGCCGUCCCCACCUGGAGUGGCUUCCAGUUGCGUAAAUGAAGGGGGACGCCCUACGUGGCCCCUUGGGGUGGGGCCAGGAGAGGCGACUGCUUAGAUCAGAGGCCUCGAUUCCCCAGAAAGGAAGGCGUGGAUCACUUGGGGACACGUUCCAUGGGAAGGAAAAACGAGCUUGCCAUUUGAUCACAGCGUGAAAGGUCUCUCUGCUUGGCCUAGAACGCCCUGCCCUACCAUGUGCAUUGGCAGCUGCCAGGAAGGUCACUUACCAAAUAAAUUCCAUAACGUGUGUUCUGUUUUUACCCAAACUUUUCUCAGAGGGACGUCUCUUGUUCUCAGUGUCCUUACAGUAACGCUAGUGGUCACCUUGCUGUUUUGCCUUGUGUACCCAACGGUAUUCCAUCCAUCACACUUUCUGCUAUUAAAACAAACAAACCCUCCAAAUAAACGUGUUUUUGAACUGGG